AUGAGAUGUGAAAGACCAGAUGGUGCAGGGUUUGACAACCUACCUGAGAAGGAGAACUACAAUCCACACAUCAAGGAGUUUACACCUACCAAGGUAAAGCAGAGGAAGAGAUACACAGCGCUGAGAGAGAUCACAGAGAAGACAAAGCCUCCGGCACAAGAAAUGAACAGAGCAUCCCAAGAGGAUGAAACCGAGAUGGAUCUUUUAUUUUCCUCAUUUCCUCGAUCGCCAUUCAAGUCGAAGAACAUUCGAGAGCUGUGA